GCGCUAAUCGUGCCGUAAAUUGUGAGGUUUUGUAAGUCAAGGGGAGUUGCCGUAAAGCAGUGUGGGUGGGUUUGACGACGCGGGCUGUAUGAGCGCUAUGGACGAGGACAUACUGACUACCCUCAAGAUCUUGAUCAUCGGCGAGAGCGGCGUCGGCAAGUCCAGUUUGCUACUACGGUUCACAGAUGAUACCUUUGACCCUGAACUUGCUGCAACAAUUGGUGUUGACUUCAAAGUAAAAACAAUUGCAGUUGAUGGAAAUAAAGCAAAACUUGCAAUAUGGGACACUGCUGGCCAGGAACGGUUCAGGACCUUGACUCCUAGUUACUACCGAGGGGCACAAGGUGUUAUAUUAGUGUAUGAUGUGACCAGAAGAGAGACCUUUGUAAAAUUAGAAAAUUGGUUGAAUGAACUGGAGACAUAUUGCACAAGAAAUGAUAUUGUGAAAAUGCUAGUCGGAAACAAAAUUGAUAAAGAAAACCGUGAAGUAGACCGGAAUGAAGGCCUCAAGUUUGCAAGGAAACAUUCUAUGUUAUUUAUAGAAUCAAGUGCAAAAACACGUGAUGGUGUGCAGUGUGCGUUUGAAGAACUCGUUGAAAAAAUUAUUCAGACUCCAGGCUUAUGGGAAAGUGAGAGUCAGAAUAGUAGACUUAGAUUAUCUGAUUCGCCUGACGCCAACAGUGGAGGUUCUUGUGGUGGAUAUUGCUCUUUGCUGUAAACUGUAAAAUUUAUGAUGAAAUUAUCUCUUGCCAAUUUUAAACAAUUGGUUAGCUAUUUGUAUAAAAUCUAGAGUUGACAUUGCAGUUUGCACACUUUGUUCACAUCAUGUAAAAUAAUCCCCAAUAUUUUGCCCAAAGCCAGAUUACUCUUAGGCUUGCAAUCUAGAGUCAGUAUUCAUAAAACAUUUUGCUUGUAAUGUCAAAAAUAUCCUCAUAAUUUGAAACAGUUACGUAUUAAAACUCUCUGCAACUGUUUUCAUUAGAGGGGGUCAAGGUUCAUGUGUACAUGUUCAUGUGGUCCAGUUUCAUCAAGAAACAAUCUGCCCAUUGUAGAUGCAAUAUAUUUUCUUCCUUCUCUUUGUUUGUGUUUUUACACACUUUAGUGCUGAACUACUUAUGUCUUUCCCCAGCCCCCAACCUCAGAAGUGUUUCAUAUGGUUUGCGAACUUUGGAGUGUAUGUGGUAUGUGUUGGGAACACCUUGGUGUUAAAAUGCUUCAAUAUAACUGAAUUUUCACUGCUGUUAGUCUAGCUGAAUAAACAUCUUAUAAAUGCAAGAGAACAGUAAGCUUGUAUCAGAUGUUAAAAUAACAUUCUUUCAUUCAUAAACUGGUAAUUAAGACUGUUCUAAUAAAAUUUUGCUGAAUUUUUAAAAAACUUAUCACUUUACUGGUUGUGCUUAACAAAUGCAUUCCAAUACGCAGACACACGAAUUGUAACUUUUGAAAUGACGGAAUUACACGAUUCUUGUAGCAUCCAUACCAUAGGAUGAAUUUAGAAGCUGUUCUGUGCUAACCAAAGGGAGGAAGCAUUUAGAAAAACAAUUGGAAACAUUUGACUUUUUCGGUUAGCUAAAUGCUAAACUGCAUUUAAUGUUUUUUUAAUCUUGCCUUCAAUGUAUGUGUAUACAUUUGACACUAUUAUUAUAGAAGUACGUUAUUGAUUACACUUUGUAAGUAUUGUAUAGAAAAACUGCAAUAUUUUCUUUAAUCAUUAAAUGUUUUUAAGAUAUGCAAAUUGAAGGUUGGUUAGUAAUUGUAAAAUGUCAGUUGUUAAAGGUGUAGCUCACCUGCAAUGGUGGUUGUUGCACUGUACAUUUGCUGAAAAUUGAAAAUCUAAAUUUGAAAUGUGUUAUCAUAAAUGAGAUUUAAGUAAGUAAUCCCUGUGCUGUUCAAUUUCAUUCUUCAUUAAUAACAUUAGACGCUUUUUGCUGCAGUUCUUUGAAUAAUCCAAACAUUUCUUAAGAAAAGACUAAAGGGUUUGAGUUAGGCAGGUUGAAAAGCCAUAUGUAGAAAUAAAUUUAGGUGUUUCAGUUAUUGGGCAGCACUAUUGAAUCAACUGUGUGCGAUCCCAUUCACUUAAUAAUCUUCUUGAAAUCAAUGUUAUUGAGAUUUUCUUUCUGUAAGAAAAUACCACUUCAAAGUUUUCAUUAAGCUAAAGUUCAGAGCAUGCAAUUGUAUUGAAGAUAACAUUGAAAUUAUGUGCUUUUUAAGUUGCAUUUAGGAAAUGCAAAAUGUUAAAUGCUUCAAUAUUAUUUUGUUUGAACUCUACUCUGGUCAGCGAUUC